AUGGAAGUGUUUGAACGAGUGUUUUGGGCCUUCGGUCCUUGUAUCGACGGUUUUAAACAUUGUAUGCCUGUUAUCUGUAUCGAUGGGACGCACUUGUACGGGAAGUACAAAGGAACACUGUUGGUUGCUACAAGUGUGGAUGCAAGCUUCCAAGUAUUUCCGCUAUCAUUUGCGGUGGUUGAAGGGGAAAACACUUCCAGCCGGUCUUGGUUCCUAGGCUGCAUUUGGGUUCAUGUCACGCAACGAGAUGGCCUCUGUGUUAUAUCUGAUCGACAUCUUGGGAUCAUUGCAGCAAUGAAUGAUCCUAACGUUGGAUUCAUCGAGUCGCGAGCCUAUCACAGGUUUUGUGUUCGCCACAUAGCUUCUAACUUGAAGACUCACGUGCGAAGUAACGAAAUGAGAGAUAUGUUCAAGGUUGCGGCAUACCAAAGGCAGGAAAGAAAACUUCAAGCUGAUCUGUGUUUCAUCGGUGAGGCAUGUACCAAGGCCAUGGAGUAUAUUUUUCAAGUCCCGUUCACUAUGUGGUCUCUCUUUCACGACGCUGGUCGUAGAUAUAGGAUAUGUACUACAAACUUCUCUGAAACAUUUAACAAUGUGUUAAAGGGAGCUCAGUUUCUACCGAUCAUGUCCCUUGUCGAGUUAACUUUCCACGGAGUUAACAAGUAUUUCACUUUGAGAAGGGAGUCUUCUGAGGCUAGGUCUGAAUAG